AUGACGCUGUCUGAAAGUUCCUACUACAGUUCAAACCAUUGGAAGUGCAGCGUUCAAACACUGUCGACAGUUGGAGUCCAUAAUCCUACCACCAAGGUUGGAGGUGUGAUCGAGUCCGAACUUUUCUUCAUGUGCGAAGAUUUGGAAGCCAUUGAGAUUCCAAAAACAGUAAAGAUAAUUGAGAGGGAUGCUUUCUCGUAUUGUUCAGCUUUGAAGGAAAUAUAUUUAUCAUACUGCACCCAAUGCUUGACGAUUGGACACGGUGCCUUUGAAUCAUAUUCAGAGCUGUCACAGAUAAUCCUUCCACCCAAUCUCGAAGGAAUGAUCAAGGAAGGAACACUAUCUGAGUGCUGGGCAUUGACCCAUAUCCGCGUGUCACCAAAUAUCACUUCCAUUGGAUGCAGAGAUGAAUCCAAUCCAUUUGAUCAUUGCGAUUCCAUGUUAUCAUUGGAACUUCCAGAAGGAUUGGAAUCGAUCGACCUGGCUACUUUUGGUGACGAUUUCGAAGACUGGGGAGUGAUCGCCAGAUGGCAGUCAUUGGUGAAUCUUUAUCUACCUUCAUCGUCGACGGUGUCCGAAAGACUCUUGAAUGAACCCAUUCCGGAAGACUGGCAGCUUGCGAAAGCAGCACAAAGCUGA